CCAAGCAGGAAAAGGUUGAUCCAAAACCCAACUAACAAAACCAAUCGAUUAGUUCCACGGUUUUAUCGUUUUAUCUGAGCCACCAAUACCACGUGCCUUUCUUGCUGGAUCGGCUUCACCCCGGCUAGCUCUGUGGUCUGGUGCGCCAGUUAUGAAAUCAGUAACCACCACCUACGGCGCACGAUAGCUUUGCCCCCCCCCGGCUCAUGAGUCAGUGAUCCUCACUCUUCUUCUUCUGCUACUCUCUGCUUCCAUUCUCCUACACUCUGCAAAAACCCUAAUGUCCUUUCGGAAUAGAUAGGCCCUACUUGUAGCUCCGUUUAUAUAUACUUUUCCAUAAUAAAAAGCUUCAAUCUUUAAUUCUAGCUUGAUCCUUUUUUUUCUUUUUUUCUGUAAUUAUUUAUUUGGGUGUAGAAGAUGAUGGGCUCUGAGAACCAGGGCUUCGAAGAAGCCCACCUUUAUGCAUCGAAGGAAGAAAUGGAAAAUCUUGUUCUUGACGAACCUCUAAACGACAAUAAAUCCCACUCUAAUUAUCGAAGCGCACUGUCGUCGCUGGCCGACACCCACCACCCACUGUCGCCGCCGGUCGCCGCUACCCCGGCUGAUUCCGACCCUUUGCUCGCUCCUCCGUCUUACAGCGAUUUCGGAAACCCUAGCAUCCACGACAACUCCUACCUCGAUCCUCCGUCCUAUGCCGAUGUGACUUUCAGCCCGUUCGACGGCGACACUGGUAACGACAUCAACGGCAUCGAAAGCCCUAGCAAAAGCUCUGACAAUUCGGGUUCUCUUUCGAGAUCGCCGUCUUCGAGCUCCGAAUACAUAAAGAUCACGGUUUCAAAUCCUCAGAAAGAGCAGGAAACGUCGAAUUCGCUCGUGCCUGGGGGGAAUACAUACGUCACCUACCUGAUCACGACGAGAACGAACAUUCCUGAGUUCGGCGCAUCCGAAUUCAGCGUCCGGAGACGGUUCAGGGACAUCGUGACGUUAUCGGACCGGUUGGCUGAGUCGUACAGAGGGUAUUUCGUACCGCCCAGGCCGGACAAGAAUGUAGUGGAGAGCCAAGUUAUGCAGAAGCAAGAGUUCGUGGAGCAGAGGAGGGUUGCAUUGGAGAAGUACUUGAGGAGACUAGCGGAUCACCCUGUAAUCAGGAAGAGCGAUGAAUUGAAGGUUUUCUUGCAGGUUCAGGGGAAGCUUCCGCUGCCGACGUCCACGGACGUGGCGUCGAGGAUGCUCGACGGGGCAGCAAAGCUUCCCAAGCAGCUGUUCGGAGAGAGCGCGGUUGCACCUCACGAGAUUGUGCAGCCUGCAAAAGGUGGGAGAGAUUUGUUGAGGCUCUUCAAGGAGUUGAGGCAGUCUAUGGCCAAUGAUUGGGGGGGUUCGAAACCACCUGUGGUUGAGGAGGAUAAAGAGUUCUUAGAAAGGAAAGAGAAGAUGCAUGAACUCGAGCAGCAACUCAGCAAUGCUUCUCAGCAGGCUGAAUCACUGGUAAAAGCUCAACAAGAUAUGGGUGAAACAAUGGGUGAAUUAGGAUUAGCCUUUAUUAAGCUGACCAAAUUUGAGAAUGAAGAGGCCAUGUUCAACUCUCAAAGAGUUCGGGCCGCUGACAUGAAAGGUUUGGCAACGGCUGCUGUCAAAGCGAGCAGAUUCUACCGGGAAUUAAAUGCUCAGACUGUCAAACAUUUGGAUACAUUCCAUGAAUAUCUUGGACUUAUGUUAUCUGUCAACGGUGCAUUUUCAGACCGCUCAAGUGCUUUACUGACUGUGCAGACUCUUAUAUCAGAACUGGACUCAUUGCACUCAAGGGCUGAAAAACUUGAAUCUGCAUCAUCUAAGAUAUUUGGCGGUGACAAGUCAAGGAUUCACAAACUAGAGGAGUUAAAAGAAACUAUAAGGGUUACUGAGGAUGCUAAAAAUGUUGCAAUCAGGGAAUAUGAACGUAUCAAGGAAAACAACAGGAGCGAACUUGAAAGGCUUGAUGCAGAGAGGAAGUCCGACUUCUUGAAUAUGUUGAAAGGCUUUGUGCUUAAUCAGGUGGGGUAUGCUGAAAAAAUUGCAAAUGUGUGGACAAAGGUCGCAGAGGAGACAAGUGGUUAUGUGAGAGAGAGCAGUUGAACGGCAAGGAUGUAAAUUCGAAAUUUUCUGUCUUUUUUUUCUUUCUCUUUUUCCUUCACAUUCUAUUGAUACCCUCUCUCAGGAAAUAGUUUUAUGUUCGAAACAAAAUAAAACUUAGAAAGGAGCGCUUUGUAGCUGGUUGAGUUUUAAUUUCCUCCAAGUUGUAUCUCUGUUAGAAAAAUCGUUACACGACUUAAGAGUUGAUAUUUUGUAAAUUGCAUGUACUUUUCAACUGUUUUAUGUUUGCUUCUCACCAUCAAAUCAACGGAAACUCAAUUAUGAAAUUAA